CUGCGGGCUCACAAAGCAGCCGGACGCGCGGUGGCGGCGGCGGUGGGUGGCAGGUGCGCAGGGGAACCAGCCGGCCUCCAGCCUUCUCGGCGACAGCGCCACAAGGAACUCAAGCAACUCGGACGUGGGGACCCAGGCUGGCCCCCAAGAUGCAGGCGAUCGCGGUGCUGGCGGCGGCCGCCGUGGCGUGGUGCUUCCUCCAAGUCGAGAGCCGGCACCUGGACGCGCUCGCCCGCGGCGCGGGCCUGAACAAGGGCAAUUUCCUAGACAAUGACCAGUGGCUCAGCACCGUCUCCCAGUAUGACCGCGACAAGUACUGGAACCGCUUCCGAGACGAAGUUGAGGAUGAUUAUUUCAGAAACUGGAAUCCCAACAAGCCCUUUGACCAAGCCCUGGACCCAUCCAAGGACCCCUGCCUGAAGGUGAAAUGCAGCCCUCACAAGGUGUGUGUGACCCAGGACUACCAGACAGCCCUGUGUGUCAGCCGCAAGCACCUACUGCCCAGGCAAAAGAAGGGGAAUGUGGUCCACAAACACUGGGUUGGACCUUCGAAUUUGGUCAAGUGCAAGCCCUGUCCUGUGGCACAGUCAGCCAUGGUCUGCGGGUCUGAUGGCCAUACCUACACAUCCAAGUGCAAGUUGGAGUUCCAUGCUUGUUCUACAGGGAAAAGCCUCAGCAGCCUCUGUGAUGGGCCCUGUCCAUGUCUCCCAGAGCCUGAGCCACCAAAACCCAAGGCAGAGAAGAAUGCCUGUACAGACAAGGAGCUGAGGAGCCUUGCUUCCCGGCUGAAAGACUGGUUUGGAGCCCUUCACGAGGAUGCCAACAGAGUCAUCAAGCCUACCAGCUCUAACACAGCCCAAGGCAGGUUUGAUACCAGCAUCCUGCCCAUCUGCAAGGAUUCCCUGGGCUGGAUGUUCAACAAGUUGGACAUGAACUACGACCUCCUGCUGGACCACUCUGAGAUCAAUGCCAUCUAUCUGGACAAGUAUGAACCUUGCAUCAAACCCCUCUUCAAUUCUUGUGACUCCUUCAAGGAUGGCAAGCUCUCUAAUAAUGAGUGGUGCUAUUGCUUCCAGAAGCCCGGAGGUCUCCCUUGCCAGAAUGAAAUGAACAGAAUUCAAAAGCUGAGCAAGGGGAAAAGCCUAUUGGGGACAUUCAUACCUCGUUGUAAUGAGGAGGGCUAUUACAAAGCUACGCAGUGCCAUGGCAGCACAGGGCAGUGCUGGUGUGUGGAUAAAUAUGGGAAUGAACUGGCUGGCUCCAGGAAACAGGGCGCAGUGAACUGUGAAGAGGAGCAGGAGACAUCUGGGGAUUUUGGCAGCGGUGGUUCCGUGGUCCUGCUGGAUGACCUAGAGGAUGAACGGGAGCUGGGACCAAAGGACAAGGAGGGGAAGCUGAGGGUGCACACCCGGGCCGUGACAGAGGACGAUGAGGAUGAGGAUGACGACAAAGAGGAUGAGGUUGGGUACAUAUGGUAGUGCCCACAGGAAGAGGACACACAUUUUGCACACAAUUGCAAGUCACUUCCUAUUCCUGCAUUUGUAUCUAAGACUCCAAGGUGUGCUCUCCACUGUCGCUCUCUGUACCUGACCCAACGUCUGGAAGACAAGUGCUGGUU